CUCUCAGAGGAAGUGGGCGUCUCCGUCACAUUCAGCACUUCAUGUUAAACUUGUAACCAGGAAAGAAACACUCAAAACUCAUCUGAACACACAUCGAGAGCUUCAGAAGAACUGAAUCUACUGACAACAGAGAAGAUCAUUUAAUAAGAGAGAAGAAUGAAGAUCAUCUUGACUUUCACUCUGCUGAUGAUUCCUGGAGUCGUGAGCUCCAUCAGUGUGACGGGAUAUUCAGGAGGAGGAGUCACGAUCAAAUGCAAAUAUGAUGAAGGAUAUACAGCAAAUAAAAAGUAUUUUUGUAAAGGACAGUGGUCAGACUGCACAGACCAAAUCAAGACUGAUGAGAAAUAUAAAUGGGUUCAUUCUGGAAGAUUCUCUCUGUAUGACGACACAAGAUCAGCAGUCUUCACUGUGACCAUCAGAGAUCUGAGAGAACAGGAUUCUGACACGUACUGGUGUGGAACUGAUAUAUAUGCAAAAAAAGAUUUAUACACUGAAGUGAAUCUGAAGGUUAUAAGAGAUCAACCAAUCAGGAGUGUGAGAGGAUAUUCAGGAGGAAACGUCAUUAUAAACUACAAAUAUGAUAUGCAACACGUGUACCAUGUGAAAUAUUUCUGUAAAACUGGAGGUCAAUGUUUUACUGUAAUAAUCACUAACAGAGCAGCAGGAUGGGAACAGGACAGACGAUUCUCUGUUCAUGAUGACAGAUCUGCAGGUCUCUUACGUGUGUUUAUCAGAGAUCUGAAUGAGAACGACUCUGGAGAAUAUCAGAUUACAGUCAAAGUUUCUGAAGAAUACAGUUUCUUCUCUGAGUUUAAUCUGAUCAUCAGAGAUGAUGCUUGUUGUGUGAAGAGCAUCAGUCUAUCAGCUGCUGCAGGAGGAUCUGUGAACAUCAGCUGCAAAUACCCACAAUCCCACAUUAGUGAUGUGAAGUUUCUCUGCUGGAGAUCUGGAGCUGAUCUCUGUGCUGAAGAGACGUCUGUGAAGGAGAGCAGAAGAUGGAGUCCUGAGGGAAAGAUCCAGCUGUAUGAUGACAGAGAAGAGCAGCUCCUGACGGGAAGCAUCAGUCAUGUGACUGAACAACAUUCAGAAUACUGGUGUGGAGUUCAGUCUGAUCAAGGACACAAGAGCUUCAUCACACGAGUCCUGGUCGAUGUUACAGAGCAAACAUCAACAUCAUCAUCAUCAUCACUGUCACCAUCACCACCAUCAUCCUCCUCCUCAUCAUCAUCAUCAUCAUCAUCAGUUGAAUCUCCAGCGAUCUCAUCUGUGUCUCCUGUAACAGGCUCUUCUCUGGUGGUCAGUGUGUCUGUGGUUCUGCUGCUGAUCAUCAUUGGACUCGUGAUCGUGAUCUGGACUGUCUGCAGGAGGCGUCAGUCAAACAACGCUGAUUCCUCCUCCAAAACAUCUCAUGUGACACCAGCCAACAAUGAAGAGGUUUAUAAUAAUUACUGUAAUUAUGAGGAGGUUGAAGACACUCACAGACAAUUACCCACAAACCCAUCUGAUUCCUCCGACAAUAUUUACGCUAAUGUUUAACAGCAGAGAUCUUCACAUCGCUUCAUCUUCAUCUUCAUCAUCUUUAUGUAAUAAUGACGCAGAUGGUCCUGAUGAUGUUCAUCUUUAAUAACGAUCAGGAUUAGAGUCAAUAUAUGCAGUUAUGAUCCUAUGAUUGCUGUAAAUACAUGUUAGCGAUCGACUGUGGAUCUUUUGAAGACUUUCAGUUUGUUAUUUGCUCAAAAUACACAACUAUCCUGCAGAAGUGAUUUAUGCUAUUUGUUC